UACAUCUCAGGAUAAAGCAGUGCACAGGCAGGAGCUCCGCUGGUAACUCUGGACUGAGUCAGCGAUCAUUUUAUCUACUCUUCUACAACAUAUUUUACAGUUUAGCUUUCAAAGAAGUUCAUCUUUUUGCAGUUCUUCCACCAAGAAGCUUUUUCGACUUUCCAUAAAUUGUGUUUUUAGAGCGCUAUCUUGUUGAAAACGAUGGACGUGCCACUUGAGGACAAUGCGACUGUGGUGAACAGCUCCACAGUGAAGUGGACAUUUACCAAACUCGAUUCGUUCCAGCAAAGGGACUCGAACGAGCUCAGAGUCCUGGUUCCGGCCAUCCUGGGAGUCAUCUGCGUCUUGGGMGCGGCUUGUAACCUCACGGCAAUGGUCAUCCUGUUUUCAAGUGCGCACAGGGGCAAGCUGUCCCUCAUCAACUCCCUCAUCUUUAACCUGAUGUUUGCGGACGGGCUGCUGCUGAUGUUCGCGRUGCCCUUCAGGGCCGCCUCCUACUCCAGGCCCAGCUGGAAUCUGGGCUGGGCGGURUGCAAGACGGCCGACUGGUUCCUGCAGUCCUGCAUGGCCGCAAAGAGCCUCACAGUGGCGUUCAUGGCCAAGGCUUGCUGCCGCUACGUAUCGAAYCCCACCAGGCAGGUGAGCAUCCACCUGGGCUCCAUCCUGGUGGUGCCCUUCUUCGUCUGGCUGUCCGCCUGCUCCRUCACCAUUCCUCUGUGGCUCUUUACCGAGCUGCAGAGAGGGAUUCACGGAUUUGUGUGCGUGACGAAGGUUCCCCCUGAAGCCCAGGGUUUCAUGUCUGUGUAUGACAAAGCGUACCCUUUGGGGGUCUACUGCGCACCUCUCUGCUUUGCCCUAAUGUAUUUCUGGAAGGCCUAUGGCCACUGCCAGCGCCGCUCCAGUAAGACCCAGAAUCUGCGUACUCAGAUCAGAUCCAGGAGGCUCACCUUGAUGCUUUUCAGCCUCGCCGUGGCCAUGGCGGUUCUCUGGCUGCCUCAGUGGGUGGUGUGGGUUUGGGAGCGCCACGUGGUGGAGAAAGAAAUUUCCUCUCCACCCAUUUUCCUGGCCCUCUCCGCUCAACUGCUCACCUUCUCCCUGUCGCUGGUGAACCCUCUCAUCGUCCUCUUCCUCUCCGAGGAGUUCAGAGAGAGCUACAGGGGUCUGUGGAGGCGUCUCACCCUCCGCAAACAGCCUCUGCCCAAGCCAAGGCUCGGACCCCACACCCCUACCUCCCUCCAGUCRCCUUGCCCCAGACGAGAGCCCUCGGGGGAGGGGGGCGUUCGGCUCAGCUUCGGCCAGAAGCCCAGCGGCGAGGCUCAGCCCCAGCCGGAAGAGGAGGCGGCAGCAGGGGGAACCGACACGGACGGGGUGAGCCUAAAAGACGGGCCAGUCUUACCAGACGUAGAGCAGUUCUGGCAAGAGAGGGAGACUGGAUCGCAAGGAGAGGAAAAUGAUCCAGUGCCGUGGGAGAACCAGACCAAAGAGGAGAAAAAAUAACAGGUUGAUCUUCAAUCAUUGAUGUUCURUGUUUACAGUUGUUCAGGAGGUAAGACUGUUCAAAACGUGUGCCAACAAAUAGAGCAGUAUCAUCUGUAUAAAUAGUCACCUUUGCAACAAUGUUGCUUGAUUAAGCUGAACAAAUUACUUAUUGAUGGCUGUAAGUUAAAGCUUUUCGGGGAACAGUGUAAAUAUAGUUUAUUAUUACAGAUACAGUGUGCUGUAAGAGCAGUAGACACAAUUCCAAUGUAAGGUUUUUAAUCCUGACACUAUAUUUGACUCAYGUGCAAUCAUCUGUAUUUAUUCUAAACAUGUUGGAAAUUAAURUGGAGUUGGUCUUUUAAUGUUUAAACAUCUGUUUUUAUUCUUUUGAAUCAAGAGAGGUUCAUUGUGUUCACUGUGCAUAUGAUUGUCAGGUGUUUUCAAUAAAGAAUAAUAUCAAUAUGUAGCAUGUGCUGUGUGUUUCUUUUGUCUGGUU